UUUCUUUCUUCAAUUCAACAAGCAUUAGCAAAUUGCUAUGAUUACUCUGAGAAUCAGAAGAAGAAAUCUUGGUGAACAAAAUCCCUAGUUUUGGGAUGAUGUUUCCACGACUACGAUUGACGAAGGUCUUCUUCUCCCCGAUCCUCGCCGGCAAAUGGAUCGUCUUUGCCGACGGUAGCAGCGGUGGCGGCGCCGGUAGAAAUGGCUACUACGGCGGAUUAUGGUCGUCGGCUAUUGUUCCUUCUAAUGUUGGUUUAGCUGUCGCUGUCACCGUCAUGGCCGUGGCCGUUGCUUUCACCGUCUACUCUCGUAGAGGAGGCAUUGGAUCACCUUGGUCACUGAGGAGAAGAAAGCGUGUUCUUCAACCUAAGCAAUGGAAUGCUUUUUUCACAGAGGAAGGGCGACUCAGUGAUGGAGGUGCAUUUCUGAAGAAAGUUCGUAGUGGGGGUGUACAUCCAAGCAUUAGACCAGAAGUUUGGCCGUUUCUCCUUGGAGUGUAUGAUUUAAACAGCACCAAAGAAGAAAGAGACUCUAUUCGACAACUGAAACAGACGGAAUAUGAAAACCUGCGGAGACAGUGUCGUGAGAUUCAUGAACGCAAUGAAAAUGGCUGCGACUCAAAGCAGACAGCUCAGAGCAGCAACACUGAAGACAGUCAGGAUGAGAACUGUGAAAAGAGCGAUGUCACCACUGAAGAUGCUGCUGGUAAUGACUCAGACUCAACCAACCCUGACGAAACCGAGACUUCACCUCUUCUAGCUAACGAAGAAGUAGAAAGCCACAAUACUGUUAACCAAGAAAAAGACAAUUCGUCUCCAUCAUCAAAGCCAAAAUCUCAGGCAGCGGAGGAGGAUUUCAUGUCAACGUGGCAGAGAAUUAUUCGCCUAGAUGCCGUGAGAGCAAAUGACGAAUGGGUGCCCUACUCACCGUCUCAAGCUGCUGUUUCUGAGACAAAAGCCCGAGGAAUAGCCAUACAGGUUGGUCUCAAUGACUAUGACCACUUGGAACCCUGCCGGAUAUUCCAUGCAGCCCGCCUGGUCGGUAUCCUUGAAGCCUACGCAGUCUACGAUCCAGAAAUCGGUUACUGUCAAGGGAUGAGCGACUUACUAUCUCCUUUAAUCGCAGUGAUGGAAGAUGACGUCUUAGCAUUCUGGUGCUUUGUCGGGUUCAUGAGUAAAGCAAGGCAUAAUUUCCGGCUAGACGAGGUUGGAAUCAGGCGACAACUCUCAAUGGUAUCGAAAAUCAUUAAAGUUAAAGACAUUCACUUGUACCGACACUUGGAGAACCUUGAAGCAGCAGACUGCUUCUUUGUAUACCGUAUGGUGGUAGUUCUGUUCAGACGAGAACUAACCUUUGAGCAGACGCUGUGUCUCUGGGAAGUAAUGUGGGCGGAUCAAGCCGCAAUAAGAACUGGGAUUGCAAAGGCGACUUCUGGGAGAAUCCGGUUACGAGCACCACCAACAGAAGAUUUGUUACUUUAUGCGAUAGCAGCGAGCGUGUUGCAGAGGAGAAAAACAAUCAUAGAGAAAUACAGUGGGAUGGAUGAGAUAAUGAAGGAAUCUUCUCCAAUGGCGGAUACUGUUGAAGAGCCUCAAUUGCAAAAUGGAGCGGUACCAGGUGAGUCCGAAACCGAGCAAAAUCUGACUCCGGAACCACAACUCCAAACUGAGACCAAACUUACCGGAGAAAUUCCGGAAAUAGAAACGGAUGCGACGCCGGAGGAAUUACAAUCGGAGGUAACCGAUGCGAAGCCGGAGGAAGUACAAUCUGAGGUUAAGCCGGAGGAAGUACAAUCUGAGGUAAAGCCGGAGGAAGCACAAUCUGUGGUAACCGAUGUGAAACCGGAGUUAACCGAUGUGGAUCUGUCUCCGGGAGGAUCCGAGGAGAUCCCGAUCCAGUCUAGGGAGGUGAAUCAGGAAUCUUCUUCCACUGAUCAGGAAUCUACUUCUAUUCUGAAGAAAGAAGAUGAUGGGAACAAGACAUUUACCAUGAGAGAGUUGCUUAGCGAAUUAAAAAGCGAGGAAGGAGAUGGGACUCCUCAUAGUUCUGCUUCUCCCUUUAGUCGAGAAAGUGCUUCUCAACCAGCGGAGAACAAUCCUGCAAUGGAUCUGAUUAACAGGAUCCAAGUUAACGAUGAAGAGGGUCGAUCUCGCCAGCGUGUUCUUGCAUUUGCUGCUCGCAAGUAUGCAAGUGCGAUAGAGAGAAAUCCAGAUGAUCAUGAUGCAUUAUACAACUGGGCACUUAUUCUCCAGGAAAGUGCUGAUAAUGUCAGUGCAGAUUCUGUUUCACCUUCUAAAGAUGAUUUGCUUGAGGAAGCUUGUAAGAAGUACGAUGAGGCAACCCGUCUCUGCCCGACGCUUUAUGAUGCUUACUACAACUGGGCUAUCGCAAUCUCUGAUAGAGCAAAGAUGCGUGGUCGCACAAAAGAGGCUGAAGAACUAUGGGAACAGGCUACUAAUAACUAUGAAAAAGCUGUCCAGCUCAAUUGGAACAGUUCCCAGGCAUUAAACAACUGGGGACUGGCGCUACAGGAACUCAGUCAAAUCGUUCCUGCUAGGGAGAAGGAAAAAGUUGUCAGAACUGCCAUUAGCAAGUUUCGGGCGGCGAUCAGGUUGCAAUUUGAUUUCCAUCGAGCCAUAUACAACCUUGGAACCGUUCUGUAUGGAUUAGCGGAAGACACACUUAGAACUGGCGGUUCAGGCAACGGCAAAGACAUGCCUCCCGGUGAGUUAUACAGCCAAUCUGCCAUCUACAUUGCUGCAGCUCAUUCAUUGAAGCCAAGUUACUCAGUUUACAGCAGCGCUUUGAGGCUCGUUCGUUCCAUGCUACCUCUCCCGCAUCUUAAAGUUGGAUAUCUAACCGCAGCACCUGUGGGAAACUCACUCGCUCCUCACAGUGAUUGGAAACGCACAGAGUUUGAACUCAAUCACGAGAGGCUUCUACAGGUACUGAAACCUGAACCAAGAGAAAUGGGACGAAACCUAUCAGGAAAAUCAGAGACAAUGAGCACAAACGUGGAGAGGAAGACGGUAAACGUGAAUAUUACAGAGAUUGUGUCAGUGACGCCUUGUGCUGACCUCACUCUACCUCCUGGUGCUGGUCUCUGCAUUGAUACCAUUCAUGGCCCAGUUUUCUUGGUUGCAGAUUCAUGGGAGUCUUUAGAUGGAUGGCUUGACGCAAUUCGUUUGGUUUACACAAUUUAUGCGAGAGGGAAGAGUGAUGUUUUAGCCGCGAAACGAGUCAACGAUGAGGAAGAAGAAGAAGAGAACUCAGCAAUUGUGUCAACAGAUAUGAGAUUAGCCGCCAUGGGAAUCAUUAGCUUCAUACCUUACUUCAAUUGGCUGAGUUGGGUCUUUGCUUGGCUUGACACUGGAAAAUCUCGUUAUGCUGUUUAUGCUCUUGUUUAUCUUCUUCCUUAUUUGAGUUCGAAUCUGUCUAUUUCUCCAGAAGAGAGCUGGUUACCAAUUACAAGCAUUGUUUUGGGCAUUAUUCAUGUUCAGCUUGAAGCAAGCAUUGCAAAUGGUGAUGUUGAGACACUUUCAUUCUUCAGAAACACUUCUGAUGAAGAUUUUUCAUCUAAGAAAAGAAUCCAUUUUGACAAACAUUCCAAGGAGAAAGACAGUGACAAUGAAACUUGAGAGCCCAAAAAAUAAAGAGGAAAAAUGAAU